CGGGAUCAGGUUUGCACAGGCAGCCACGCCACGCGGACACCUGCCUUACAUUGCCGGCGCGCUUGCGUGACUGGGCGCGGCGAGAUGGCGGCGCCGGGCGGGUCGAACCUGGCGGUGCUGGACGCGCUGGACUCGGCGCGCACCCAGAUGUACCACAUGAAGGCCAUAGUCAUCGCCGGCAUGGGCUUCUUCACCGACGCCUACGACCUCUUCUGCAUCUCCACCGUGUCCAAGCUGCUCGGCCGCAUCUACUACCCGGACGACAACCUGUACAUAGACAAGCCCAAGCCCGGCACUCUGCCCGUGUCCGUCAACAACAUGGUGACAGGCGUCGCGCUCGUCGGCACGCUCAUGGGCCAGCUCGUCUUCGGCUACUUCGGCGACAAGCUCGGGCGGAAGCGCGUGUACGGCAUCACGCUCGUGCUCAUGGCAGCCUGCGCCAUCGGCUCGGGCCUCUCGUUCGGCAGCUCGGCGCACGCCGUCAUCGGCACGCUCUGCUUCUUCCGCUUCUGGCUCGGCUUCGGCAUCGGCGGGGACUACCCGCUGUCCGCGACCAUCAUGUCCGAGUACUCCAACAAGAAGACGCGGGGCGCGUUCAUCGCCGCGGUGUUCGCGAUGCAGGGCGUCGGCAUCAUCUUCGCGGGGCUCGUGUCCAUGAUCGUCUCGGGCAUCCUCCUGCACUACCACCCGGCGCCGGCGUGGAAGGAGAACCACGACCGGUCGUGGCAGGACCAGAUGCCGGCGGCGGACUACAUGUGGCGCAUCGUCCUGAUGAUCGGCGCGUUCCCGGCGCUGGCCACGUUCUACUGGCGGAUGAAGAUGCCCGAGACGGCAAGGUACACCGCGCUCAUCGAGGGCAACGCCAAGCAGGCGGCCAACGACAUGCAGAAGGUGAUGGACGUCGAGAUCCAGGCCGAGCAGGACAAGCUCGCGAGGUACAAGGCGGCGAACGACUACCCGCUGCUGUCGAGGGAGUUCGCCCGGCGCCACGGCCUGCACCUCAUCGGCACGGCCACCACGUGGUUCCUUCUCGACAUAGCCUUCUACAGCCAGAACCUGACCCAGAAAGACAUCUUCCCGGCGAUCAAACUGACGAGCCCCGUCGACGACAUAAACGCCCUCAAGGAGGUGUUCGAGAUUUCCAAGGCCAUGUUCCUCGUCGCACUCCUCGGCACCUUCCCCGGCUACUGGGUCACCGUCGCGCUCAUCGACAAAAUGGGCAGGUACCUGAUCCAGCUCAUCGGUUUCUUCAUGAUGUCUGUCUUCAUGCUACUGAUGGGCGUCAUGUACAACGACCUCAAGAACAAACACACCACGCUCUUCGCCCUCUUCUACGCGCUCACCUUCUUCUUCGCCAACUUCGGCCCCAACAGCACCACCUUCGUGCUGCCGGCCGAGCUAUUCCCGACGCGCGUGCGCUCCACCUGCCACGCCAUCAGCGCCGCGUCAGGCAAGGCCGGCGCCAUCGUCGCGGCCUUCGGGGUGCAGAGCCUCACGCUCAAGGGAGACGUGGGCCACAUCAAGAAGGCGCUCAUCAUCCUCUCCGUCACCAACAUCCUCGGCUUCUUCUUCACCUUCCUCGUCCCGGAGACCAUGGGCCGCUCGCUCGAGGAGAUCUCCGGGGAGGACGGCAACGUCGAAAACGGUCCCGGUGCUCCCGCCGGCGUGGCCAUGGGCGUCGCGGACGUGAGCAAGGAUGACAAGAUGCCUGUUUCCAGUACUGAGUGGCAGAGCUCCAUGCAUGCGUGAUCGAGUAAGCAGAUACCAAAACUACAGUACUACACAGGGGGUGUGGAAUCCAUGUGAUCACGCCUCGAACGAUCUAUUUAAUCUACUAGGGUUUCAAUAUAUAUAUAUUUUAGCCUAAGCAUAAUAAAGAUAUGUAAAGACAUAUGGAUUAUGUCUCGGGCCAUACACCGUAUGCAUGGUCUGAGACUAGUAUCUAUAACAAUAAUGUUGCCGGUUUGAA